AUGCCGGGGUUAUUAUUUAAAUAUCAGAAAGAAAAUAUUGCUCUCCAAAAAAAAUAUAAGUCUGUCUUUCUUAUAUAUCUAUUUGUCUGUCUAUCUAUCUAUCAGCUUUCUUUCUCUAUCUCUCCUUCCCUCUCUCGCUGUCUCUCUCUCUCUAUAUAUAUAUAUAUAUCCCCUCUACAUCUCUCUCUCUCCUCUUUCCCUCAUUGCCCCCUCUCUCUUUUCCUCUCUUUCGCUCAUCUCCCCCUCUCUCUUUCCCUCUCUUUCCCUCUCUCUUUCCCUCAUCUCCCCCUCUCUCUUUCACUCUCUUUCACUCAUCUUCCCCUCUCUCUUUCCCUAGCUUUCACUCAUCUCCCCCUCUCUCUCCAUCAUCUUCCCUCUCUCUUUCUCUUUCUUUCACUCAUCUCCCCCUCUCUCUUUCCCUCUCUUCCCUCACAUCCCCCUCUCUCUUUCCCUCGCUUUCACUCAUCUCCCCCUCUCUCUUCCCCUCUCUUUCACUCAUCUCCCCCUCUCUUUUCCUCUCUCCCCCUCUCUUUCCUUCUCUCUCUCUCCCUAUUUCUCUUUCCCUCUUUCUCCAGCCCCCCUCUCUUCUCUCUCUGA